AUGAAUUCCACUUGGUUAGGGCUAGUUCUUAGCACGACUGAAAGCCUGUUUAACAACGACACCUUGAAGGAGGAAAUUAAAGAAGAAGAUGAAGCUGAAGGAGAAAACGUAAAUGAAUGGUUUCACUUUCAAAUUAAAGGGAAGAUUUAUACGACGUUUAUCUUGAUCAUCGCGUUAUGGGGAGUCGUGGGGAACGUAAUGUCCUUCACUCUGAUGUCCGACGCAAAAGUCAGGUCAUUUGCAUAUUCGGUUUACAUGAGAUGGAUGGCGGUGUCAGACAGCUUGUUACUUAUGAUGGUUGCCACUGAGGAUACUUUGGACCAUUUGUACCAUUAUCUGCAACGGUUUUUAACCUCUCACGUGACUCUCUGUAAGCUGUGGACUUUUUUUGUAGCAUCAACCUACACACUGUCUCCAUGGCUGGUCGUGGCCUUGACCCUCGACCGAUUUGUGUGUGUAGUUUUCCCUCUGGCUCGCCACAGGCUGUGUACCAAGUCAAAGGCUUUCAAACUGUGUUUGGCAUUGACACUGAUAUCUGCAGCUCUUAACGUUGUCUAUCUGAUUUACUCGGGUAUCGAAGAUGACAUAUGUGGAGUGGAGUCUCUUGACCAGAUAGGAGUCAUCACAAUGAUCCAUCAAUUGGUUUUGAACUCGAUUCUACCUUGUGCUGCAGUUCUGAUUCUAAACAUAGUCACAGUGAUUCGGAUUCGUCGAAGUGCGUCUUUUCGCCAGCAGUUUAAACGGAGCAGCGGCUCCGAAGCUAUGAAAGAAAGACAAGACAAAAGCACGCUCCCACUGUUGCUCGUUUCCAUAUUCGCUUUCGUGACACUGAUUCCACGAGCUGUUACGGAAGUUACCGAAUAUGUGCUCGAUGUUUUGCACGAAAAUGAUGGCAUGACCAUGGAGCUGGCGAAUAAACUGUGGCCAUUAUUUAACUUAAUUUAUCUCGUCAACUUCGGACAGAACUUUUACAUUCUGAUGGCCAGUUCGUCUGAAUAUCGCCUGAUACUCAGACAAAAGCUGACUUGUCAUCAAAAGGAUAACAGGAACACGUCCUCUGUACAAACACAGUCUUCAAGAAUGUCAUCUGAAUCGCGUGAAAUGAGCGUCUCCAAGAUGGCGGACUGCUCUCAUUCGUCGAUGAGUUCUUCACAAGUCACAGAGCUUGGCAUUUAA